ACUAAACCCAUGACACGAAAUUGUCUCGAACCAAUUAACCCAAACGAUUUCCGGUUUGCUAAAUUGAAUCUAAAACCGGACAAACCUCACCCUAAACCCUAACCCUCCGAAGCAAACAGAGAGACACAGACUCACUGUCGCCGUAUAUAUAGACAGUCGCUCUUAAACCCUUUCUUCUUCAACCACACCGUUUUCUCUCCUUCUAAUUUGUCGCUUUUUCCUUGCCGACGAAUGCAAGGGAACCACGACGGUUCCUGGCCUCUAAACGCUUCCACGAAUAGUGGAGUUCGUGGAAGCCGCAGAGGCAACGCAAACAUCAACAUCAACACCGUUCCCGGUGGAGGAUACCUUCAUCAAACGAAUCCUGUGUUUCCCAAUUUCAAUCAACCCAUUGGAUACUCCCUGCCGCAAUUUCCGGCGAAUUUUUACCGCCCUAAUUUCCCUGACUUCUCUCUCGGAAACCCUAAUUUCCAACCUCAUCAGAAUCUCAACUUCCAUCAUCAACAAAUCCCUCACCAAUUUGGGUCUGCCGCUAAUCUCUUCCUUCAAAACCAUACUCAAAGCAGCUUCUCUUUCCCUCCUCAAUCUCUUCCUAAUAAUGAUAUCAGUAUCUCUCAGAAUCACGGCGCUUUCGAAAGCUCUUCCUUGAAACGAAGACGACAAGAGGAGGAGGAUGUUGUCGUCAGAGAAGUUCCGAAAUCUAAUUUUGUUUCCGGUGAGAGUGCUAAUAAUUCCUUCAGUGUUUCUCUACCGAUCCCUAUAGCAACUGAUGAUAGUGGUGUGUCUCGAGUCCAUGGAGAGAAGUCAUCCGCAAAACCAAAGCGAAAAGUUGAAGUCUUGCGGAUUGAUAAGGCUGUGAACAAGACGCGUAAAUCAGUUGUUGCUGCUGGAGAGAGUGUAUCUUCGACUAGAGUGUCGAGAGCGGUUCUCGAAGAACUUCAGGCUGAUUCUUGGCGUUCUUUGGGUGUGCAAAUGCAAGAUGUUCCUUCCCUUCGUCAACUAAUGGCCAUUGAAGGAAAGAUCAAUGCAUUUAUUCACUGCUUCGUUGGGGCUAGAAGAAUUGUGACACUGCAUGAUUUGGAAGUGGCAAUAUGCCGGAACGAGUUUGUUGAUUCUUUUGAUGAUUUGGAAUUGGGACCUUUGCUGCAGCAUCCACUAGUCUUGCUGUAUUUUCCAUCCAUAUCUAGCUCUACUGGCCCGGUUCAGAUCACUAGUGAGGAGAUAAUAUCAUUUCUUGAUAGCUAUCUGCACACUUAUAUGACAGAAGAUGUUAAGCUCGAUGAAUUUCUGAAUUUUGUUGCAAGCCAAAAAUCAGUUACAAGCAAGGAAAAGCUUGGUGUGCGUAUUCAGAGCUUGCGGAUGUAUGUAUCUUUCAUUCUAGACGCGAAGAGACAAGAAGGUGAAACAUUGAAAGUCUUACUUACUGAGCUGCAUCAGAAGUAUCAGAUCCCCUCAUCAAAGAAACAACGACAAGAUAAACCCCUAACUGUCUCUGAGCGGGCUGACUCAUUUGCUUUACAUCAUAAGGAUUAUUGUGGCAAGCAUAUAAGAUUUGAUUCAUCAAGCUCAGAUGACAAUGAUAGUUGUUAUGAGGUUAGAAAUAAGAAUAGUUCUGACCAUUUCAAUACUUGUCCAUAUCCAUCUGUUGCGGAAGAGAUGAAGCGGCUUGGUGGCUCCAAUAAGAAAAGGAAGGGUGAAAAACGUAAUCAUGAAAAAUCUGAUUCAUCCAAACUGCUUAGAAAAUCCCCCUCUAAAUUACAAGGACAUGCGAAACAAGAGAUACCUAGAUUGACUGAUGAUUCUGAUGCUAAGAAGGUUUUCAGUGUCGAUGAGGCUGAUUUUACACUUUCUGAAGGAGAUUUAAGAUUGUUCAUUUCAACUUGGAAGGACACAUGUAAAGAGCUAAGCAUUUCAACGUUUGUCGAGAAAAUGUUGUCUUUUUACAACUUGGGGGGCUCUGAAGGACGAGCUCAGAUUAAAAGAGCUAAAGCAAUGUCAUCAUUUCCGUUUGUUGGAUUACUAAAUGUCGCUGUAACUUCAUUAAAACGUGGAAUGUGGGAUAGCAUAUAUGAUAAUUUGCAAAUGACAAGCCUUAGUGAUACGACUAAUACAGGCUCAGGAAAUCAAGUUGGUGAAAUUAACCCAAGUGAAAACAGUGAGUUAAGCAAAACUCAGCAUGUUAUGCCUCCUAAACAUAGUAACACUGUUGAAGAAAUUAUCAGAAGACUUUCCUUGUAUUUUGAGCAUGAUCUUUCUGGAGAGAAGCACAUUGGUAUCUUCAGGAAGCUACAGACUUGCGAGGUUUUGUUGGCAGAGCAAUUUCAAGUACAGGAUUUUGAGUCUCUUGGUUGGGGUGGGUUUUUCACUUUCUUGGAAAAACAUAUGUUACUACUACCAACACAACUUCAAAGGUUUCUAUCUAGAGAAUUACUGGAAGAGUUUCCUCUGGAGGUCCACGUGAAUGAGAAUCUGUUGACUCUUCUGCUUUCGCAAGCUUCUGAAUUUUCAGGUGGUAAUGUGAUAUCUAGACAAACAGUAAAUCGACUGCUUGCAGAACAAUUUCCGUCAAUCAAUUUUAAGGUUGUCGGAAGAAAUUCAGAGGAAAAUUUCACUGAAAUCAUUGGUAAGGAGAAGUCUUGUUCUAAAUGUGUGCUCUUUUCUGCAACAUUGUCGGGAGCUGAAAACUCUUUGACCAGUAAAUAUCUAGAAGAAUCCUUGACAGUGGGGAAUGAUACUGAAGCAAGAGGCAGCACUCUUAAUGCUGUUGCAUCCAAAGAGGUUUUAGAUGUUUUGCUUAGGGUUCCGUUGUUGUCAGACUUGAAUUCAUGGUGUCACUGGGAUCUUAGGUAUGCUCCACAGUUUGGUCCUCUUUUGGGCUGUUUAAAUGAGAUUAAUUCAAAAGAUCUGCUGUGUCUAGUGACAAGGGAUGGUAAGAUUAUCAGAACAGAUCCUUCUGCAACAGCAGAUUCAUUCUUGGAGGCUGCUCUUCAAGGAUCUGCUUACUGUACUGCUGCACAGUUGUUGUCGUUGAUAUCAUUGAAUGGACGAACACAUCUACCGUUUUCCCUUCUAAAAUGCUAUGCAAAACGUGCAUUUGAAGUUUUUUUUGAUAACCAUUCCGAGGAGAUGGAGCUUAAUAAUAGGAAUUCUCUUGUGCAAAUGCAUCGGCCAGAACAGCUUAGUACUUCUUUGGACAAAAUGAUAGUUGUAGGAGAGAAAACUAAAGCGGCUAAAAGUGACUAUGCUGCCUCUAAGUUUCUUCUUGAUUGUCUGGGCUAUUUACCUGGGGAGUUUCGCAGUUUAGUUGUUGAUAUCUUGCUACCAGGUCUACGUUCUGUUGUUAAAGAUGCUCCUACAAGAGUUUUGUCUGCAUGCAAGCAAACAGAGCAACGCAUCAUGCUGCAUGAUGCCGGAUUGCUGCUUGGCAUUGUUGAGUGGAUUAGUGAUUACCAUAUGUUUUGCUCAUCAUGUUCUCCGAACUCUUCAAUAGUGGAGAGUGCUUCGUCCAACUUAGAUUCUGUCGCAGGUUCUGUGCAAAAAGAAUUGGAGGACCCAAUUCAGACCGAACAAAGAUGCAUGAUCGUAUCAGAGAAGGCUUGCCAGGACAAAAAAGAACCUCAUGAAUCUUGUCACACUUUUGGUGAUUCUGGGACUUUAUGUGAUUCUGUUGGGGAGGCUUUCACCCAGACUGCGCCUGAGUUUCAUGAUAAUCCAGCCUCUGUUAUUGAUUCAAUCAGACGGGAUGAGUUUGGGUUAGAUUUAACUUCUUCUGGCUCUGAGAUGAGUAUGCUGCAGAAACAACAUGCUCGGUUAGGAAGAGCACUUCAGUGUUUGUCCCAGGAAUUGUAUUCACAAGAUUCACACUUCAUUCUUGAACUUGUUCAAAAUGCUGAUGACAAUAAGUACCCUGCACACGUGGAACCCACACUCACAUUCAUUCUUCAAAAGACCGGGAUUGUUGUUUUAAACAACGAGUGUGGCUUCAUGCCUGAGAACAUUCGGGCCCUGUGUGAUGUUGGUCAAUCCACAAAGAAAGGAUCUGGUGGAUACAUAGGGAAGAAAGGAAUUGGCUUCAAGUCAGUGUUUCGGGUUUCUGAUGCUCCUGAGAUCCACUCAAAUGGUUUCCAUUUCAAGUUUGAUAUUAGUGAGGGUCAGAUUGGAUAUAUUUUGCCGACUGUUGUUCCUCCUCAAGAUAUUGAAUCGCUUAGCAGCAUGUUAUCUGGCCGUGCUUUACACCUGAAGGAUGCAGGAUGGAACACUUGCAUUACACUUCCUUUCAGAAGCAUUGAUUCCGAAGGAACAACAGUGAAUCACAUUGAACCUAUGUUUUCAGACCUUCAUCCUUCUUUAUUACUCUUCCUACAUCGCCUCCAGUGCAUAGUAUACAGAAAUGUGCUUGAAGAUUCUCUCUUGGUCAUGAGGAAAGAGGUUGUGAGCAAUAAUAUCGUAAAGGUUUCAUGUGGGGAAAAUAGCAUGAUAUGGUUUGUGGCAUCAGAGAAAUUAAAGGCUGCCAAUCUUCGUGAUGACGUUCAGACAACAGAGAUUUCGAUAGGAUUCACCCUUGACAUGCUGGAAGAUGGAACUUACAGAUCAUGUAUGAUUCAAGAACCUGUUUUUGCUUUUCUUCCUCUAAGAACUUAUGGUUUGAAAUUCAUUAUACAAGGGGAUUUCAUUCUUACAUCAUCAAGGGAGGAUGUUGAUGAGGAUAGUCCUUGGAACCAGUGGCUGUUGUCAGAGUUUCCGGGUUUGUUUGUGGAUGCUCUAAGGUCCUUUUGCAGUCUUCCUUCUUUCACCCAUAAUCUGGGUAAAGCUGUGUCCUCAUACAUGCAGCUUGUACCUCUCGCUGGGGAAGUGCAUGGGUUCUUUUCUUCUCUCCCUCGUUCUAUUAUAUCUAGAUUGAGAACAACAAAUUGCUUGCUGCUUGAGGGAGACGGUGAAGAAUGGGUUCCUCCUUGCAAGGUUUUAAGAAACUGGAAUGAAAAGAUAAGGGUUCUUCUUAAGGAUGGAUUGCUUCAGGAGCAUCUUGCUUUGGGCUUUUUGGACAAAGAUAUUGUUUUGUCAGAUUCCCUGUCAAGGGCACUGAGCAUUGAAGACUAUGGACCGAAGACUUUGGUGCAGAUUCUUUCUUCAUUGAGUCACAAGAAUGGUUGUCUACAAUCAAUGGGCUUUACAUGGUUAUCGUCUAUUCUUACUGAACUUUACAUACUAUUCCGUUCUUCUGGGCAUGGUAAUGUAGAGUUAGGUAUAGAUAAGACUCUUAUAGAUGACCUUCACAGGAUCCCAUUUAUUCCCCUGUCAAAUGGUAAGUUCACCGCUUUAGAUGAAGGCGCAGUAUGGUUGCACCAUGACACCACUGGGUUAGAUCUUGGUGAUGUAUUUGAAGCAUUUCCUGUGUUAUAUGGAAAUCUCCGAACCAUUGAUCAUUCCCUUCUUUUGGCGUCUUCGGUUGAUGAAAAAUCCUCUGUGGAUGACCUCGUAAACAUGCUUUGUGCAAUUGGCGUUCAAAAGCUGUCAGCACAUGAAAUCAUCAAAGUUCAUAUAUUACCAGCCUUUGAGGCAAGGAGUACAGAUACAGUGGAGGGUUUGAUGGUUGAUUACUUAUGCUUUGUGAUGACACAUCUACGAUCUAGCUGUCAUAUUUGUCAUAAUGAGAGGAACUACAUUAUUUCUGAGUUAAGAAGCAAAGCUCUGGUAUUAUCAAAUUAUGGGUUGAAACAGCUCGGUGAGGGGUCAAUUCAUUUCGGUGAAGAAUUUGGAAACCAGGUCAACAUGAAGAAGCUUACGAAAAACCUGGAUAUUUCAUGGCAUGUGGUUGAUGGUACCUACUUGAAACAUCCAGCAUCAAAAUUUUAUGCAUGCGGAUUGAAGGAGUGGCGGGAAUUUUUUCAAGAGAUUGGAAUAGCGGAUUUUGUUCAAGUGGUUCAAGUUGAAAAGACCAUUGCUGAGUUUUAUUCUGUUUCACGUUGUGAAAAGUAUGAUAUCAACUUGUUAUCUCCUGAGUUAACUGUUAAAGACUGGGAAUCCCCAGAACUAGUUAAUCUCUUGUCUCUCUUGCACAAAAGUAAUGGCCGCAAAGGUUGCAAGUACCUGAUGGAAGUCCUUGAUAGACUGUGGGAUGAAUGUUACCAUGAAAAAACAACUGUUAACUAUAACUCAGGUACGCAUGGUGUCAUCAGAUCAUCAGAAUCUUCAUUUAUGAGGGUAAUUUGUGAUUCUCAAUGGAUAGUUUCAAGCAUGGACAGCGAAUUGCAUCUUGCAAAAGGCCUCUAUCAUGAUUGUGAUGAUGUGCAGUCUAUACUUGGCAUGAAUGCUCCCUAUGCAGUUCCUAAGGUUACAAGUGUCAAAUUACUUAGUGAUAUUGGUUUUAAGACCAAAGUUUGCCUCGAUGAUGCUCUGGAAAUCCUAGAAGCUUGGGUACACUGUGGAGACAAUUUCAAAUCAAGCAUCUCUCAGAUUACCAGAUUUUACAAAUAUAUGUGGAAUGAAAUGGCUGAUUCAAAGCAGAAAAUAACUGAAAAGCUUCAUACUAUCCCGUCUGUAUUUGUACCACAUGGAAAUGGAAGUAGGCAGAAUGAUAUGGUAUCUGGAAUAUUCUUGUCACUUGAUGAUGUUUACUGGAAUGAUUCUGCUGGCGUUUUAGAUGAGAUAAAAGAGAUCAGUUCGCAGAUCAGUAGCGUUGUGGAACCAUUGCGUAGGAAAUCAUUGUGCAAUAUCUAUCCAGUUCUCCAUGACUUUUUUGUGAAUGGGUGUGGAGUACCUGAGACGCCUUCGUUUCAAGAGUACCUUAAAAUUCUAGGGCAGUUUGCACAUAAUGUGUCACCCUCAUGUGCUGCCAAGGCUGUCUUCAAAAUUUUCCUGAAGUGGAGUGAUGACUUGAACUCUGGCAAAUCUUCCGAAGAUGUUGUUCAUUUUAAAGAGAGACUUUCAGAACUCGAGUACACUGUACUUCCUACUGAAAAUGACAAGUGGGUUUCCUUGCACUCCUCGUUUGGUCUAGUAUGUUGGUGUGAUGAUGAGAAGUUAAAGAAGAGAUUUAAGAAGAAGGAUAACAUUGAGUUUAUUAACUUUGGGGAAAAUGAUGACGAAGAGCAAGAAGUGCUUCAAACAAAAGUGUCUGGGCUCAUGCACAGCUUAGGCAUUCCAAGUAUUUCUGAGGUGGUAAAGCGUGAAGCGAAAUAUGAAGGUUUGCAAGAUAAUACUGUAACAGUAUCACUUGUUAACUGGGCUCUGCCUUACGCACAGCGAUAUAUCUUUACUCUUCAUCAUGAGAAGUACACCCAAACAAAAAAGACAGUCCAUAGUCAAGUCAAACGUCUACAAGUCUUUGUUGUUGAUAAGUUAUGCUAUAGGAAUGUCAUACCGCAACAUGGCAUUAGCUCUAACAGGGAGUUCAAAUGCAGCGCUCUUCUGCAGGAUAAAGCUCUGUACACAACACCAUGUCUAGAUUCCCAUUCCAUGUUCAUGGAACUGUCUCGUUUGUUUUUCAACGGAGUUCCUGAUCUGCAUUUGGCAAAUUUCCUUCACUUGAUAAAAACUAUGGCGGAAUCUGGGUUGAGCGAGGAGCAAAUGGACUCAUUCAUUCUGAACAGUCAAAAAGUUCAUCAGAUUCCUGAUGGUGAAAAGAUCUGGUCCCUUAAAUCUGCUGUUAAAGCGAAGAAGAAAGCUGGAAUACGCUUGAGUUGGUUACCUUCAAGUUCCAAAACAGGACGUGGUUCUAGCAAGACUAACACUGAUGAUUCUAAACAAGAGCUGGCCUCUAGCAGCAGCAAAGAGUAUGUAACAGAGGCUCUUGAGGAAAAAAUACCGACUGAAACCGAUACCAACUUGGUUUCUGGAUAUGAUAAUUGUGCAGGCACAAGUUCACGAGCUAGUGAGCCAAACCCAUUGCAUUCUAUGCAUAUGAUUAGUGGCUCAACCUCAGGGAAUCAGGCUGCUAUUCACCUCAACCCAAAUCUUCCACAUGAAUGGAACAAUUCCUUCACAGCUAAUUUCAGCGAUAGAGAUCAGCUUCAUACCGGCACACCUUGGGCUGCACAAGCGCAACAGACCGGUAGAAAAGGUGAAGAAAUCGCGUAUAGAUACUUUGUUGCAAAAUACGGCAAUGAGGCUCUGGUUAGAUGGGUUAACGACCAGAGCGAAACUGGUUUACCUUACGACCUACUGAUCGAAAACCGGGGUGGUAAGAAAGAGUACGUAGAGGUGAAAGCAACGGUUUCUACACGGAAAGACUAUUUCAACUUGACAGUGAGGGAAUGGCAAUUUGCAAGUGAGAAAGGAGAGAAUUACAUAAUUGCUCAUGUUUUGUUAGGAAACAGUAAUGCAAUCCUCACACAGCAUAAAAACCCGGUCAAGUUAUGCCAAGAAGGUCAUCUCCGGUUAUUGAUUCUCAUGCCUAACCAGAGAAACGAGGUCAAUGUUUCAUUUUAAAGACCCAAUCAAUCACUUUCUCUUGUCAAUUAGAUGUUGUCGUUGUACAAUGUUACUAUUAAUUAAUUUUAAAAUUAAAUUCUUUCAAACA